UGCUGGCUCUUGUGAUUAUUAUUUUUCCUGUUAAUUAGCAGUCGUUUUUUGCCUUUGCUGAAACCUGGCAUGUCCUGAAUGUUGAAACUUGAAAACAAAGAAUGGACGCUAAUGGAAUUAUUGUAAUAUAAGAAAACUAAAUGGGAAUUUUGUUAAUCAAGUCCUGCCCGGUUUCUUUUAUUUAUAUCCGUUCCCCAUCUCUUCUCCUCCACUAAACCUCUUCUCUCCCAUUGCCAACUGCUCACUCAUCUGCUCCAAGAGAACUUUAAGAUAGACAAAGAAGAGAAGGCUAAAUGGGUACACCUCCAUUUUUUAUGAAGAAAGUCUACGAAGCAGCCUCGGAAGGAGACUGGAAUUCGAUGAAAACAGCUUACAAUGGACCACAUGAUAAGUACGUGAUGGCUCCAAUAACGGUUUUAAAAGAUACUGCAUUUCACUUGGCAGUGUAUAGCAGAAAGGAUGAACCGCUUAAAAGUCUACUUAAUAUUGUUGCUAAAAAAUCAAUUCCCUGGAGUCCCUGUACAUUAAAGAAUGCGUAUGGAAACACUGUUCUUCAUGAAGCUGUUUUUACUGGAAAUAUGAAAGCUGUAGAGCUCUUGCUCCAGUUUAACCCUAAUCAACAGUGUGAUACUUCAAAGCAACUGGAGACUAAAAACGCGCUUGGGGAGACUCCAUUGUAUAGAGCUGCUUCAUGUGGUAAGAAAGAAAUAGUGGAGUAUUUAGUUAUAAAAAUGAAGCAAAUCUACAAGGGAAAGCUAUUAGAAGAGCACCGCAGGAGAGGAAAUUUAGAUAAAGAAAAGAAUAAUAACUCCAGGAAAGUAGAUUUAAAGCCGAUUCUUCAUGCUGCUAUCGAAGGACAUCACUUUGAAACUGCUCUGACGUUGCUGAAACGGGAUCCAUCACUUGAUGAUAUGAAGGACGAACAGGGCAGGACCUGUCUUCAUCUCCUUGCUGAGAUGCCUCGUGCUUUCAAGAGUGGAUGCGCAAUGCCCAAAUAUUCCAUUAGGAACCUGAUAUACUAUUGCCUUUCCGCAUCAAAUGGUGAUGUUGACCAGAGCAAGAGUAAAAAAGGCCAUUCCUCCGCAAAUGGUGACCAGAGCAAGAGUGAAGAAGGAUACAAAGAGCUAAAUUUCAAAGUGAACCUUGACAAUGAGUUCCGCAAAGAAAUUCAAUAUGGCGCUAACUAUAUAUCAUAUAUAGACAUAUUUUUCAUCUGCGAGGAAGUUGUCAUUGAAAAAUUGAAGGAAUCUCAAAGUCCAGAUACAGAAGGCAAUGAAGUUCAAGAUAAUGGAUCGAUGGAAUCUCAAAGUCCACAUAGAGAAGGCAAUAAAGAUAAUAGAUCGAAGGAAUUUCAAAUUCGAGAUGGAAAAGGCAAUAAAGUUUUUGAUGAUGCUUCCACAUUGAAGAUGUUGUUUUUGCAUGAACAUGAACAUGAACAUGAACAUGAAAAACAAAUUUUCUUGUUCGUUGAUACAGCUCCAAAAUGUAGACCUCAAUACUACUCAAGUGAACCUCAUAAAGGAUGGAAGGUGGGAAGAAUCCAAGAAGAAAAGGACAAGCAUGAAUCUGCAUUGAAACUUGCCCAGGAGCUUAUAGAAAAGAACAAGCGUCAUUGGUGGCAAUCUAUCAAUGUAGCAGAUUCUAACAAAGUUAAUAUCGAAACCCCUGGUCAAGGAGGAAGAGGACAAGGAGGAGACCCAAUCCCGUUGUUUAUAGCAAUUAGUAGUGGAAUAGAAGAGAUUGCUAAAGAAAUACUAGAAAAAUUUCCUCAGGGUGUUGAGCUUGUUAAUGAAACAGGACAGAACAUAAUGCAUGUAGCUGUGAUGCAUCGACAGCGGGAGAUUUACCGUUAUGUAAAGAAAAAGUUCAAACCAAUUAUGGUCAGGCUGAGUUCGAGGAUCGAUAAUAAUGGCUACACAUUGUUACACCACGUUGCACACAUGAAGCACUACCGUGGAGGAACCAGGGCCGGCCCUGCACUCAAGCUACAAGAAGAAAUACAAUGGUUCAAGCGGGUGCAGAGGGCGGUUCCACCUUAUCUGUCUGAGCAGCGGGCACCGAGGGAGGUUCCGCCAGACAAUGAAGGAAUGCAACGUGGGAAGGAAUUGACUGCACUCGAGCUCUUCCAAGAGGAGCAUAAAGCUCAACUAAAGUUGGCGCAAGAAUGGAUCGAGAAGACCUCUCAGUCAUGCUCAGCAGUAGCCGUUCUUUUGGCCACCGUUGUCUUCGCUGCCGCUUACACUAUACCUGGAGGUUCUGACGAACGUGGCUUUCCCAUUUUCCUUCACAACCGUUUCUUCUUAGCUUUCACUAUCUUGGAUGUUAUCGCCUUGGCUAGCUCCUUGACCUCAGUUGUGAUGUUCCUUUCUAUCCUCACCUCUCCUUUUGAAUAUGAGAACUUCUACCACAAUAUUCCUCGGAAACUGAUAUGGGGCUUCACUUUACUCUUCUUAUCAGUGAUGACAACCAUGCUUGCUUUUGCUUGCACCCUUUUUCUAAUAAUUCAUUUCAGAAAGAAAUGGACCACGGGUCUUAUUUCGUUUGCUGCUUUCCUUCCAGUGACAGUAUUUGCACUAAUGCAGUUCCCUUUAUAUGUCUCAUUUCCGAGCACCAUGGAGGACUUCUUUAAGGAAGCCAGGAAGUACCUGCCUCGAUAUUGCUACCCCUUAAGGAGGUGAAUAUUCUGUUUGGCUUACUAGCAGGUUACAAAAGAUAAGUUCUCCUAAACGUACGUGUUAAUGGGGACCAACUGUAUCAUUGAAGAAAGCAAGGGACUUAAGGAUUUGAAAGCAAGGGCUGGGAGUUCAAUUGGUGGCCUUUGAAAAUGUCUGUAAGGUCGUACGAGUCAGUAGACCUGCUAUUGUCUUUAGUUAAGUAUUUACUUGUGUUUUCGUUGUAACAGACUCUUCUUUAUGGGAGGCCAUGCCUCAGUUACUUUUCUCUUGUGACUAAGACACUCGAUGGAAAAUGAAACAUCUGUGAUUCAAUCUGACGCAGGACAAAUCAAUUUAGCUUGACAUUUUCCUUC